AUGUCUCCUGUUUUGAAAGUUGGUGUUGUCGGUACAGGUAUUUUUGCUAGAGAUAGACAUUUGCUAUCCUACCAAGAAUAUCCUGAAGAUUUCAAAGUGGUAGCUGCUUUCAAUAGAACUAAAAGUAAAGCUAUCGAGUUUGCUAAACUUGCUGGUAUUCCAGAAGAAAAAAUUUAUGAUACCAUCGAAGAAAUUAUGAACGAUAAAGAUAUUGAUUACAUUGACGCCUUGUUGCCUGUUCAGUUCAAUGUUGACACUGUUAAGAAAGCCAUUGCUGCUAACAAGCCGAUCAUCUUAGAAAAACCAAUAGCUGCUACUAUGCAGCAAGCUAAAGAAUUGGUCCAAUUAGCAGAAACUACUGAUUUACCAAUUGCUAUCGGUGAAAAUUGGCUAUAUCUAAACUCUAUUGAAGUUGCAAAGAAACAUCUAGAAAGAAUCGGUCCGAUUAUCUCUUUUACUCACAAUUCCACUGGUCCAUUUAUUAGUAACAACAAAUAUUUGACGACCUCUUGGAGACAAAACCCAGAACAUAUUGGUGGAUUUUUAUCUGAUGGUGGUGUCCAUCAAUUAGCUCUUGCCACUUCCUUAGUCGGCGAAUUCGAAUCUGUCUCAGCUUUGACUAAACAAGUUCGUAAAGAAUCGGGUACUGAUGAUAUUGUUUUCGCCACGGUUAAGAUAAGAGAUAGUGACGUCAUUGGUACUUUCACUUAUGGCUCUGCAUUUGGUGCCACUGAAAAAUCUGUCUUCUUAAAGAUCUAUGGUAUCAAUGGAUCUAUUGUCGUUGAUGUUUCUAAUAAGAGUAAACCAGUCGUUAAAGUUAGGCUUGGUAGCUUUGCUGAAACUGCCAGUGAAGAAGAGGUUUAUGCAGUUCCAUUUGAUGAAUCCUUUGGUGUUAACACCGAAUUCUUGAACUUCCAUGAAGCUGUAGCAAAGAAAGAUAAAACUUUGGUUAAGAGUACACCAAGAGUGGCUUUUCAUCAUUUAGCAUGUGUUUCUGCUUUCUUGGAAUCAUCUUCAAAAAAUGGUGAUCAUGUUAAAGUUGAAACUCUAUGA